AUGCACGCACGCCUGCCACGCGUACACCCCAUCUCCUCACAGAGUAGUCCCGAUUGUCCCAAGGUGCGGUGUGCCCGUGCGAGUUCAAAUUCUCUCAUGCCACGAGCGUAUUACAAGCCGUUCACAGCCUACGAGGAGGCCUUUGGCUUUCACGCGACGCGCCGCAAUGCGUAUAUCAUGUGCUCCGUGUUCUUCGGCGGUCUCUUGCUCAAGUGCAUGCUGCUGAUGAAGUACAGCUCCAUCGCAACUCCGAGUUGGACCUCGCCACUGGAGGAUGAUCCACGGUAUCAAGAGAUGAUGGAGCGGCGUCUAGCACUGGCUGAGGACUUAUCAACGCAGGAAUCAAUGAAGAGGGCGAUACGUACUAGGCGCUCGGCACCACCCGCGUAA